AUGUUCCACUUGGUGAAAGAUGCUCUGCUUGAUAAAUACAUCAGCACGGCGAACACCUCAUUCGUGACCGCCUCAGUCAUCGUGGAGGCAGAGCACGUCACCGCCGUGAGCCCCUCUCCAUGCUGGACCAUCUCUCAACCUUCCUCGAAGAACUCCAAGCCGUUGUCCGAAACGUCAGAGACUACAUUCUCCAACCAAUUCUACGUCUUCCCCGUGAUAGAAGGACGGGAGAGGCGAUGGGACUACUUCAAAGUCCCAGACUUCAGAUGCAGCCCCAACCAAGAACUUAAGAGAGGAUGGCGCGGAGGCAAAAUUGAUGACAGAAUACAGCGAGUAGAAGCGCCUGCUCGAGGAGAAGCUCGCUGGAAUUCCCUACGCGAAGAUACCUCCCGGCCUCUGAAACUAGGCUUCCUGGUGGAAGAUGAACGACUGGCAGUUAUGACCACGCGGGCGCAGGCCUUGACUAUCUUGGUCAGCAAAGAGACAGUCCUGACGGGUCACAAGUCUCGCACACUGCGCAGCCUCCACCACUACCUUAAAUCGCGAGACUGGAUCGAAACGGUCAUGGGAUGGAACGGGAGAAUUGCCAGACGGAGAUCCGGCAGAAGAUGCCCUGAGAUGGCCAACAAGCCCGCGAUAGACUUCAAGAAUGUAACCACCGUAGGCAACAUCGACUGGCACGCCUUCUCGUCAGCUAAAUGCGGUAAACUUCCACAGAACCGAAAGGAGAACCGCGAAACAGCGAAGACGAAUGCCUACACCGCACAUAUCAGGCUCGUGAAAGCCCAAUACCGACAGUAUCUUGAUGAAGGGGAUAACCUUAGUUCCUUGACGACUCUGUUAUCGACCUCAAAAACGCGGACGGUACCACUCCGACUUCCUCGCAAGUUCAUGGCGCGCCUACUGUAG